AUAUUUUUGGUCGACUGACUCCUAUCGCAAAAGUAUGUGCGACAAAAUAAAAAGGUCCAUUUCAAUGCGAUGAGAUGUUAAAGCACGUGUGGUAAACAGUUAAAAAGAGAACAUGAAGAGACCAAAUAUUCUUUUAACAGGAACACCUGGAGUUGGAAAAACCACUUUGGGCAAGGAGUUGGCAGACAGAACAGGACUAACCUUUAUCAAUAUUGGGGAUUUGGCAAAGGAAGGUGAAUUUUAUGAAGGAUUUGAUGAAGAGUAUCAGUGUGCCAUUCUUGAUGAAGAUAGGGUAAUUGAUGAAUUGGAAGACAAAAUGAUUGACGGAGGGAUGAUCAUUGAUUACCAUAGCAGUGAUUUCUUCCCAGAGAGAUGGUUUCAUAUUGUAUUUGUUCUUCGCACUGAUAAUUCACUUCUUUAUGACAGAUUAGAAAGCAGGGGAUACAAAGGCAAGAAGCUGCAAAAUAACAUAGAGUGUGAGAUUUUUCAGACAAUUUAUGAAGAAACUAUGGAGUCUUACAAAAAAGAAAUUGUCCACCAAUUAUCAAGCAACACACCAGAAGAUCUAGAGCGGAAUAUAGACCAGAUUAUGAAGUGGAUUGAACAAUGGAUGUUAGAUAACAACUAAAUUAUCUUGUUUGAUUUAGAAAAUUGUGUGAUGCUAAAUGUUCCAAAAAGCAUUCAAUUUGAUUUACUGAAGUCUAAAACAUAUAUGUGAUAAACAUUUACAUAUUGGUAAGUUAUAAAGAGAACUUUCAGUGCUAACACAUUUGGAACCAUCUGUAUUAUUAUUAAGGCUGCAAAAAGUAUACCUGUGAAUGCAUACAUUCUUUUUUACAAAGAUUUAAAAAAAAAAAAAAAGAAAUAUUUUAUAUAAUUGACAUCUGUAUGGAAAUCCAUGUAUAAAUACAGCAACCAAGAUGAUAAUUUUUGUUAUUACUUUACAGCUACAAGAAUUUGGCUGCCAGGUCUUAUUUUAAAAUGUACAAACACAAUUGUCCUGCUAUUUAUUUAAUGUAGCUUUUUCCAAGAAAAGGUGCUUUAUAAAAUAAAAAAGUGAUUUAAAUCCAAAAAGUGUAUGAUGGUAAGUGUAUACUUGUAAUUAAGUUCAUGCAGUAACCUUAUUUUAGUUUCUGCUUUAAUGUGAAAUCUAUACACUGUAUAUCUCAUGGAAUAUCAAACUGAUUUGGACUUUGUGGUUAAAUUGCAAAAAAAGUAGAAAUGUGGAAAAAAAACAAUACUUUGACUUUAGGCCUUGUUAAUGAUGUUUCUUAAAUUUUACUAUUCUAGUAUUUUCUGGAAUAAAUGUAUACUGUACAGAAUACCACUGAAUUGUUUAAUUCACCAUUUUUUGAUUAAAGCAAUAUUCAUUGUGAUUUUUAA